GUGAAAGAGUGGCUCAUAGUAGCCCGGGAUUUUGUACUACGCAAUCCUGUAUCGGCGAUUCCUUAGCUUGUAAACCGUUGCCGAACAACACCCACACCUGUGUCUGUACGCAUGAUUCUCAACCACCGUUUGCAGAUGGAUCAUGUCCCAGGAUAAUCAUAUCUUCAAGAGGAGAAUUUGACGAAAGCUCCGGCAGGAUUCCUGUUCAACCUCUGGCACCAAAACACGAAAAUCACAUUUUGCUGACAACUACAUUGAAGUCAACGUCACCUCCUGCAAAAGAAAAUUCGGCAGCAGCAACUUUAAACUACUCCCAUAUGAAUACCUACAUAGUUCCUUCCGUCUCUAUUGUAUGUAUCAGCUUGGUUAUUCUUGUCCCUCUCAUAUUGUUUCUCAGGAGAAAAAUUCGCCGACCGGAAGCUGCGGCAUCACCUAUAAAUCUCAAACAAGGGUUUCUAGUAGCUGAACGAUACGCUCCAAAUCCACAGUAUUCAGCCUGUUCUGCAUCAGGAGUGCCCAUUUUGAAGAAGGAAACGUUGUCUUUCUUAAAGGAAGUUGGGGAAGGUUGUUUUGGAAAAGUUUUCAAAGGAGAGCUUCUUGCCGAUGAUAGUGAUCAGGUGCGAGUGGUGGCAAUAAAAGUUUUAAAAGAUACAGCCAACAAAGAAGCCGAGGAAGAUUUUCUUCGGGAAGUCGAAAUAAUGAGCGCUUUCAGGCAUCCCAAUAUUCUUUCUUUGCUCGGAGUAGUCCUCAAAGACGAAAAUGUGAAUCCCAUGAUGGUGUUCGAGUUCAUGCCUCACGGUGAUUUGGCAGAGCUGUUACGUUUCCAAAGAAGAACUUUCAGCUGUGAGAAGGAGGCUCCUCAAUUGACGAAGAAGGAUCUCCUCUCAAUAGCCCUUCAAAUCGCGAGGGGAAUGAAAUACCUAGCUUCGCAGAGAUUCGUCCACAGAGAUCUGGCUUGCAGAAAUUGUCUAGUAGCGGAAGGACCGGUAGUCAAAAUAGCCGACUUUGGAAUGAGCAGAGAUGUCUAUACUUGUGACUACUACAAGAUCGGCGGAUCCCGCCUCCUACCAGUACGCUGGAUGUCCCCUGAAAGCGUGGUCUACGGAAGAUUCACUCUGGAAUCCGACAUAUGGUCUUUCGGCGUGGUCCUCUGGGAGAUCUACAGCUUCGGAAAGCAACCCUAUUAUGGCCACACCAACGAGGAAGUGGUGAAACUCGUCCUCGACGGUAUCAUGCUCAUCCCUCCAGAAGACUGUCCCACGCUGAUUUGCGACUUGAUGAAGAACUGCUGGAAAUCGGAACCAAGGCAUCGAAUAGUAUUUCCGACCAUAUGCGAUCGACUGGAAGCGGCCUACGAAAACGAAAAGAAACUCGCCGAAUUUUCCUACGAAACUGAAACCAAGAUGAAACCUGGAGGUAACAAGAGCUUGCCUAGGCCGCCUCCUCUACCGGUGCUAGGUCAGUUUGAUCUGCUCGACACGCAAGGAUAUUUGAUACCCAACGAAAUUAAAGAACCCGCCAAGUAUUUAGAGACGAUAUGCGACUGACAAGAAGGUACGAAACUACAGCUUUUCAAUAUAGAAGGCAGUGGUGCGGGAAGUUUGUGGCGCAGUACGUUAACUGUUGAUUCCCAACUAUGAAUCGGUGUAUAUAAAGUCUAGUUUAAUGUUAUUUUUCCAUAAAUUUCCAAUGGACUGAGCACGAUGGUAGGUUGAAAGGUAUGGGUGGUUGACGGUUAUUGUUCAUGUCAUCUUAGGGGUUCCAAGACCCAGAGUUGACCCAAAAAACUUUUGAGAUAUUUGAGGUGAACUUGAAAGUGUUCUAAAUGUAUUCGAACGAAUAUCAUAUUCAGAAGUGGUGGCUAUUGAUGAAGAAUCAUUGCAAUUCUCGAAAUUGCAAACCUGACCUUACUGAACUCUAAAACUUGGACAAAUAACACUCAAUUAAUGGAAAUAGAUUAUUUUAUAAUGAUUAUUACAAAUAUUGUGAGUGUUGAAAAAGUUCCUCCGAAAAAAUGAUGUUUUUAUUAUUAAUAACAAUACCUGUGAGUUUCAAAAAUUUCAGCUUUCUCGUUCUUGAAUCUCGCUCUUUGAAUGUUUUAGAUCUUAACACGAAUUUACCAUUGUCGUUCGAAAUUCAUAUAAUUAGUGAUGUUUAAAAAAUAACAGAUGCAAAUUCUUCUAAAAAUGUUUAUAUAACUGAAAUAUUAAUUAUAUCAAGUCGGCGCUAUCACAAAAUAUUUCGUGUAAAAAACGUGCGUUCACAAACGAUGCUUCAAAAUUGGCGACAACUGAUGCAUUUAGUCCCAUACAUAUCAUUUUCAACUCUUUUCAUUAAUUCCAUAGUAGAUAUCGAAGAACAUUGUUACUUUUUGCCAUCGAUAUGAAAAAAAUAUUUAUCUAUGAUAAUUACACAAUUUUCCCAAACAUUCUAAUUUCUAGACGCGUUUCGCUAAGAAGUUAGCUUCCUCGGUAGCUUCCUUGCGAGCUACGGUAUAAUGUCUUUGCGAGCAGCUAUUUUUCUAUCCACGAGUUCUGAAAUGAAUAACGGUUGUGUAUAGUACACUUCAGAUGUCACGUAUUCCCUAAAACUUCUAGAUACGUCAUAUCAGGUGAUCUAGUGGGACCUUCUGAGACGUAACGUUUGCCUGUCUAUCGGGUUGGAGAGUUUUCAACUAAUAUUAGGUUUCGGCAAAAUGAAGUGCUUCUUCAUUACGACGAGCUGGUUUGAAAGUGGCUAGAUAUCAGUUAUCCAAACCUGUGGAUAGGUAAACGUGAUCUCUUAGAAUGGCGCUCUGCAUUACCUGAUAUGACACCUUUAGAUUUCUAUCAGAAUCAUUCUCAGGGAGUGAAUGGUGACCAAUUUGAACAUUUACUGGAAUGAACUGCAGUGACUUUAAAGUACAUUUUUCCUUAAAAUCAUAAUAUUUAUUUAUCGUUCGUCCUUAAAACUAGUAUAGAACUGCUAAUUACUCAGGAAGGUCUAAUUUGAUUUUCUAAAAUUUAAAAAAAUGGAUAGAGAAUUGAAAUAUCUAUCAAACGAGUUAUUACAGGAUUUCCUUUCUAUUUAAAAAAAAAAUGUUAGAGCGCAUUGGCGACGAGAGAUACAACACUAUUAUAAAUGUUGUCCAACCUUGAUAUAUUUGAACGAUAUGUUCUAGUAUCCAGUUUGUAAAUAGAAAAAACUUAGAGUGUGGAUGAGAGUGAAAACAAAAAUUGCAUUUAUAAUAUACUUCGUUAUUCUGUGAAAGUUACAUUGGGGAAACAUCGAAAUUAUUUAAAGUGCGCAAAAAUGAACAUCGAGAUCACAUCAGAAAUAAACAAUUGGGUCCAAAUUGUCACAAAACGUUUUGAAAUUCUAUGGUGAUCAUAAGAUGAUCUCCAAUGAAACCAAAUUUCAAUAUAUAAGUUUGUUGUUGGAGUAAAACUAGUGUUGUGACUAGUAGAGGGAGUUGAAAAUUUCGAAAUUCCAUAGUGUUGAUCAUGGCGCUCCAGAUGUGUUCCAUCAACUCCGGAAAAAAUUCCAGUGUGGCAAAUCUCUAUCGAGAAAACAAUAUUGAUAAUGAUUACAAAAAGUUAUCAUCCUUGGCAGAAGUGAUGUUCUGCUCGAUUCGUUAAUCUAAUGAUUACUCAUUCCCGAUGAGUGAUAAAUGGGUCCGAGAUUCAUAUGCCCUGAGCAAUGAGCCAAAGAUGUCAGACUCUUGCAUUUGCUCGGUCAAUCUCAGUUCAUUGAGAACGUUCCAAUUGUGUUUUGAAUUCAAUAAUUUCGAACGGCUCAAUUUUUCAACACCCUUCCUCUGCCACCCUCGAUUUGCGGAAUCAAAAAUAACACACACAUACCAUUAUAAAACUUUAAUUUUUUACCCCCGUUAAUCCAUCGUAUUAGGUACUCCAAACUAAUUAGGGUUGUAUGAUAUUUCAAUGAAAGGCUCAUUGUGACAAAUAAAUUUCCCAAAAACAUCUCACAUCCGUUUUACGAAUGGUACAAUAUGGCGGACACCAACGAAUGAAUCUGACAAAAAAAUUAACCUCUCUCAUACACACACACACUAGUGAGAGUUAUUCUUUUAGUGAUGCUUAAUUUCCAAUAAACAUUACCUGUUUAUAAUAGAGAAUUAUACAUAUCAAAUUCUACUGGAAUUUCAGAAACUAUGUGGAUUAUAAUGCUCCCAAGCGACUCCCAAGAUCUUUGUUGCAGCGACCUCUUACAGCCAUAGGAUAUUUUGAGGUAUCCAUUUAGUGAAUAUACAUGGGUUCUACUUCAAAAUUUAUCAAUUUUUUCACACUGAAAUUUUAGACGUCAAACUGACAAUUAACUAAUCGUUUUUUAACCCUCAGUUAUUCUAGAAAUUCUACAACUUCAAUCUAAGUUGAAAAACCACAGCCCAAACAUAACACAUUUGUGAUCCAACACCAGUCAGAGCUGUUUUGACAUGCCAGGGUCUCAUCUGUGAUGAUAGGCUGAACCACAAAUGCGUUGCUGGACAAAACGAUGGCGAUGACAUCUGCCCUAACGAAAACGCCAUCUGGCGACAACUAAAACUCGUCUGCGGUCGAUGUCGAAGCUUUACAACUGACUGCCUUGGGGAACCCCGUUUAUCUUUGAUAUUUGAGGAUUGAGUUCUCUGUCGAUCCCAUAAAUGGCGACCUCGUAAAUGGAAAUGCCAUCGCCUUCGUUUAAGUUCGAUCCAACUACAGUUUUUGGUGUGGAAGCUAUUUUUCGAGUUUGUUGGAUGUAGUCUGCAGGUUUUUAUAUCUGACGUUUUUUCUACCGCUGCGGUAGACAUCAUCAAAAGCGAUGAGGCAGAUACUACAUCGUUGCAUAAGGUCUCCAGUAUUAUUCCAAUGGUGGUGGACGUGAAUUUGUUCCUACUAGAACCGGAAGGAAGAACGAAUUAACAUAAAUUUCGUUUGGAUACUUGUAUUAAUUUAAUAACCAAUGGGAACGAAGCUAGCCCAACACUAAUGGUAUGAAACGGGAGAUUCGAACUAACGAUGUAGUUGUGAAGAUAAUUAAAGCACAUCAUUCAUCGCCUCAAUAAUGUCUACCUCAGUCGAAGAUGAAACUCCAGGGAUAAAACUUUGCAGUUCACAGUCAACGAAUCCGGAAAAUAGCUUUGACACAGUUACCUCCAGCCGUGAAAGUUUACGCUUCUUGGAUAAUUCCCCUUUUCAAAGUUGUAUGUUCGAUAGUUGAUAUUGAAGUGGAUUCCAAUGUGAUUUCAUCAUAUUUUACCUCAAAUUAAGGUCUACAUUGUGAAUUAUGAAGCUGCACGAACAGGAUGUAAGGAUAUUGAGUUUGCUUUGGACCCUUAACGGAGUAUCGCCCUCAUCUGUCCUUUAUAACCUAUAACCUAUAACUAACUAACUAACCUAUAACUAACUCAGAGCAUGGAUCUACUCGGAAAAGAGGAAUUCAAUACGACAGGGUGUACUUUGAUGACUUCUCCGACUACAAUCAGACCAGUAAAUUCUCUUUGUCAGGAAACUUCGAAGACCUUUAGAAAUUUUCAAUGGAGAAAUAUACAGAGAGAUGAAUUUUGUCACAUUCACUAUCUCAUUAACCUAUAGAAAAUUGAUAAUUAGUGUACUAUGGAAACAGUUCAGUAUUUCAAAACGACAUUGAUUUCUAUAAAAGUAGUAUUUCUACUAUUCAUUCGAUAUGUGGGAAUCUUGGCAACUUCUAUGAAAUUCAGGGAGUUUUGAAUGAAUUCAGGUCAGGGAAAAAAAGUUCUUGAACUAUAUCAAAGGAUAUUUCCUUUUGGCACUCUAAGCACCUUACAAUAUAAAUUAAUGAAUGCUGCAUUA